AACUAGGAGUUUACCUAUUCCUCCCUUCACCCUUAGCUUGUAAUCAAGAUGGUUAUUCUGGUCACCACCACCCAUUCAUAAACCCUAAUUGGAAAAUCUCUCUGGUCAUCGUUCGAUUCACAUAUUCCCACAUUCCAAUUGGACGUUUUCUUCAUGUUCGUCAGGUACUUCCCCAAUUUAGAGCUUUUGAAUAUAUCAUUCAUAGCAUAACAAACAACCCUAAUCUUGUUUCAAUUUCACCCCCAAAUGUAAGCCACAUUAUAUAUGCUUUAAAAUUAAACAUAUAUAUGUUGUAAAUUUGCAGAAUUUACACCGCUUGCAUUGCUAAAUCACAUGUAUGAUAAUACCAACAUAAACAACAAUGCCUCCACCACAAACCACCGUCCCCAAAGCCUUCAACUUUAUCUCCGGCCACCGUAAACCCACCCACAACCACCGCCCCACCCUCCACGGUGGUCUCUUCACCAACCGCCAAACCCACAACCCAAAUCAAACCCAUCACCACCACCACCACCCCACCCCCACUUUCACUCUCCAAAACUGGACCCCACAAGACCCCCUCACCACCCCACCACCCCCACCCCAAUCCCCAUCCCACCACUUCUUUGCCGUCGCCCAAACGCUCUCCCCCAUCGCCCGUUACAUCACCGAUUCUUUUCGAAAACACAAGCACUGGGGCCCGCAGGUGGUUGCCGAUCUCAACAAGCUCCGUCGGGUCACCCCGAAGCUAGUUGCGGAAGUGCUUAAAGUCGAGUCGGAUCCGGUUAUCGCCUCCAAGUUUUUUCAUUGGGCCGGUAAGCAAAAAGGGUAUAGACAUGAUUUCGCUAGUUAUAAUGCGUUUGCGUAUUGUUUGAAUAGAAACAAUCGGUUUCGGGCAGCUGAUCAAGUGCCCGAGAUGAUGAGUAUGCAAGGUAAGCCGCCGACGGAGAAGCAGUUUGAAAUCUUGAUCAGGAUGCAUUCGGAUAACAAUAGAGGCCUUAGGGUUUAUUAUGUGUAUGAGAAGAUGUUGAAGUUCGGGGUGAAGCCUCGGGUUUUUUUGUAUAACAGGAUUAUGGAUGCUCUUGUGAAAACGGGUCAUGUUGAUUUGUGUAUGUCGGUUUAUAACGAUUUUAAGAAGGGUGGAUCGGCGGAGGAGGGUGUCACUUUCAUGAUUUUGAUAAAAGGGUUGUGUAAGGCGGGUCGGGUUGAAGAGGCUAUCGGGCUUGUGGACCGAAUGAGGAAGUUGUGUAAACCGGAUGUGUUUGCGUACACUGCGAUGAUAAGAAUCUUGGUUUCGGAGGGAGAUUUAGACGGUUGUUUGAGGGUAUGGAAAGAAAUGGAGCGUGAUAAAGUCCAGCCCGAUGUUAUGGCUUAUGCAACUCUCGUUACGGGGCUAUGCAAAGGAAACCGAGUUGAUAAGGGUUACGAGUUUUUUAACCAGAUGAAAGAGAAACGGUAUUUGAUCGAUCGGGCUAUAUAUGGAUCUUUGAUAGAAGGCUUCGUAAAUGACGGGAAAGUCGGAACGGCGUGUGAGUUGUUAGAAGAUUUAAUAAACUCGGGUUACAGGGCGGAUUUAGUGAUAUACAACCAUCUUAUAAAAGGGUUAUGCAACGCGAAACACGCCAGUAAAGCACAUAAACUUUUCACGGUUACAGUCGAAGAAGAUCUCAAACCGGAUUUUGAGACGGUUAAUCCGAUGUUGGUUUGUUACGCUGAGUCGAGAAAAUUUUAUGAAUUUUCGAAAUUGCUUGAACAAAUGGAGAGUUUAGGGUUCGAUGUUAUUCAUGAUCUUGUGAAGUUUUUUUCACUAAUGGUAGGAGAAAAAGAUCGGGUCAUAACGGCUUUAGACGUGUUCGAUAACUUGAAACCAAAAGGUUAUUGCGGUGUUUCGAUUUAUAAUAUUCUUAUCGGGGCGCUUUACGAAAGCGGAGAAGUGAAAAAGGCGUUGUCUCUGUUUCAAGAGUUGAAGGAAUCGAAAACGGAACCGGAUUUAUGUACUUACAGUAAUGCGGUUUUAUGUUAUGUCAACCUUGGAGAUAUUCACGAGGCGUGUUCAUGCUACAAUAAAAUAAAAGAUAUGUCGUUGGUUAUGUCUGUUGAUGCGUAUGUGUUUCUAGUUAAAGGUCUUUGUAAAAUCGGAGAAAUCGAUUCGGCUUCCGUGCUUGUUCGUGAAUGUUUAGCUAACGUGACAAGUGGGCCCAGGGAGUUUAAGUAUUUUCUUAGAAUUAUCCAUACGUGUAGAUCUAACGAUGCCGAUAAGGUUAUGGUUGUUAUUAACGAGAUGGUGCAAGACGGCUGUCCGCCUGAUGAUGUUAUAUAUUGUGCGGUUAUCUCUGGUAUGUGCCAAUAUGGAACUAUUGAGGAGGGUAGAAAAGUCUUUUCAAGUAUGAGAGAGUGCAAGAUGGUUACUGAGUCGGAUUUGGUUGUUUACGAUGACUUGUUAAUUGACCAUAUGAAGAAGAAGACAGCCGACUUGGUGCUGUCUGGCUUGAAGUUUUUCAGGCUCGAGUCAAAGUUGAAAGCGAAGGGCUCCAGUCUCUUGCCAAGUUAAGAACGUGAAAUCCGUUUUUUAAUCAGCUCAUCAAGAUGCUCAUCGAAGCAUUAACGUCAACAUGCAAACCCGACAUAGUUCGGCGUAAACGAGAAGAUGCCUCUGAUAUUAAACCAGCAAAACACUUGACCCAAAAGAAAUGGCUGAAGAAACAUUUAGUGUGGUCGUACGCGGAUGAUGAAGAAAAUGUAUUCAGAGUUUCAGACGAUGACAUCGCAACCAUUAGUGUACUGUACGAGAUCUAAUUAGAGCAUCCCCAUCCUAUUUCCUAUCCCCUUCUCUAUCCUCAAAUUUAAAGAAAUCAUCAAAAGUUUCACUCCAUCUCAUUGCCUAUAUUAUUCUCUAUGUUUCGGUUAAGUUUAAAAAAAUGAAUUUGUUCUUUCUUAUA